AUUUUAAAUAACGGAAGAUAUGAGUCAUCUUUUGAGACAUAAUGAAGGUGCAGAUCCUACAUUAAGCAUUCCUAGUCCAUAGCCAAAAGACUAUGAUUGGGUCUUGAUAUCUGGAUUUAUCGUAAUUUUGACACAGGUUGGAUUUGCAUUUAUCGGAGCAGGAUCAGUCAGAUAUAAAAAUGCUUAAUCAGUUGUAAUAAAAGUAUUUUUGGGAUUAUUUUUGACAAUAUUAAUUUGGUGGUUGUUUGGUUAUGGUUUUUCUUUUGGAGAUGAUUUCUAAACCAAAUUUUUGGGAGGCACCAAAUUAGCAGGUUCUAAAUGGGAAGCCACUCAAUAUGGAAAUGAUUAUACCAAUUUCGUAUUCAGAGCAGCAGGAGCAGCAUUUGGAAUUGCAAUUCUGGCUGGAGCAUCUGCAGAGAGAAUGACAUUUUUAGGAUGGUCUGUAUUAACACUGAUCUAUUCUGGAUUCAUAUAUGCAGGUUUGACUCAUUGGACCUUGGCUGCAGGAUGGUUGUCAUCAUUGGGAUUCAAGGAUUUCUCAGGUGCAGGAGUAGUCUUUUUCGCAGCAGGAGCAGCAGGAUUGAUUUUGACUGUUAUCUUGAAACCAAGAAAAACAAGAUUUGAUAAUGGAACCACAGUAGAAUUCAGCAGACAUUCACCACUCUAUAUUGGAUUUGGAUCAUUAUUGGUGUUUGCAGGAUGGUUAUUCUAUAAUGGUGGUGUUGUUGCUUAAGGAUCUAAAACCCAAUAUGCUUAAGGUUUAGUUGCAGUAAAUACUUUGAUUGCCGGAGCCACUGGUGGAUUUGUUAGUUUUGUUAUCAGAUAUUUCUAAUAUGAAACCACGAAUUUGGUGGCAUUGUCAAGAGGAGUAGUCAGUGGACUCGUUGCUGUCAGUGCUGCUGCUGAUGAUAUGAAACCAUGGACUGCAUUCAUCUAUGGAUUUGUGGCAGCAUUAUUUUACAGUAUCUUAGCCAAAGCAACACCAUCAGCUCAUAUUGAUGAUCCAGCUGAAGUCAUUCCAGUCUAUCUUGGUAGUGGAUUCAUCGGAAUUUUCUUAUCAGGAUUUUUUGAUACUAAGGCUGGAGCAUUCUAUGGAUUUGGAUUCAAAUUGUUGGGUUAUCAAUUGUUAGGAUUAUUGAUAAUCUUUGCUUGGGUUGUUUUCUUUACUUUACUAACUCUCUUGGCAUUGAAAGGAUUCGGAGUUCUCAGAAUUGAUGAUGAAACUGAAAGAGUUGGAAUUGACAAGUCUUUAUGCUUGGGUGAAGCUGUUGUAUUCGCUAACCAAGUAGAUGAAGCACCUCUUCUUAAACAAACUGAAUUAGCUAAUUUACCAAGUUAGUUAGGAUCAGGAUACAGAUCAGGAUUCAAAUGAAAUUUAUAAGAUUUCGAAAUUAUUAUAAAUUUUUUUUA